AACGAGGCAAAGGAAGUACCAGAGUGAGGGGAGACAGAGAAGCAGCAAACAGCACGGUGUGCAGAGUGCAAAAUUCAUGCUGGUCACUGACGCUGCUGCUCCUGGACCGAACUCACACACAUGCACGGACACACACACCUGUGAGGAGUGCAUGAAGCAUGCACAUCCUGCUGCCCAUGGACACACACACACUGGCAGGGCACCAGAGAGGAAAUACAGCGAACCCCCGAGCCUGAGGAGAUAUGGAGAGCAGCAUGUUCUUUGGUAACACAUGUCAAAAUGGCCUCAUGCCUACCCUGGUGCGUCCAACCUUGCCUGCUGUCCAGAACUCGCUGGGCAUAAAGCAGUUUCUCCCGAUCCCGUUGGACACAGCCUCCGCAGUCAGCCUUUUCCCAGGAUUCAAUAUGAUUGACCCGGUGCAGAAAGCCAUCCUCCAUCACACCCUCGGCAUCCCUCCCACUGCUAAGAGGAAGCAUGUGUCCUGCAGCGUCUGCCGACUGAGGUUCAACUCACAGAGCCAGGCCAUGGCCCACUACAAGGGCACCAAACAUGCCAAGAAGCUAAAAGCCCUGGAAACCCCGAAAAGUAAGCUGAAAGGCUCGGCAGUCGCCAAGGAAACUGCCAACCAGGAGACCGCCAAGGGCAUCAACACCUUGCAGGUCCCCAACGGCACUGACAGGAAAGACUGCAUCUCUGGAUCAGCAGUAUCCUCCCUGAUCAGACCAGCAAACCCUGUGGUGACCUCAGCUACAUCCUUACCUGAACCAUUAUGCUCUCUGAAUGCAUCAUGUGACUAUGCAUCCUCUGAGACUACCUUGGCUCUUCAUGGAGAGGAGAAGCUGACAAAGACAAACUCACCCACAGAAACAGAUGUGGACCAUGAGAUUGAAGCCGAGACAGAAACAGACAUAGAGACAGAGGAGGAGAAAGCUCGGCGCCUCCUUUACUGCUCUCUCUGCAAAGUGUCAGUCAACUCGGCGUCACAGCUGGAAGCUCACAACAGCGGUACGAAGCACAAGACGAUGCUCGAAGCCCGGAGCGGCGUGGGUUCCAUCAAGUCUUUUCCUCGACCGGGAGUCAAAAGCAAAUUGGCUUCAUCCUCCAAAUCAUCAACGGGCCUGCAGAACAAAACCUUUUACUGUGAGACGUGUGAUGUGCAUGUCAAUUCAGAGACUCAACUAAAGCAGCACAUCAGCAGUCGGCGUCAUAAAGAUCGAGCAGCAGGUAAACCAGCCAAGCCCAAAUACAGCCCCUACACCAAACCCCAGAAAGGCCAAACCAAGCAGCCGACAGUGGCAGAGCUGUGGGAAAAAGCUGUCCCGAUGCCCUAUGCCCAGAUUGCAGAUCGUGUGGUGAAACAAAGAAAGAAAAGGGACUGCUAUAGAUCUUCCUUGAUGAGCAUCUGGAACAGUAUAAAGCUGUUAUUAGGAAAGGAGCAUCAGUGUCGGUCCCUCACGGCUCAGAUCCUACCUGCUCACCUGGCAGCAGUAGCUGCCGCCGCCAUCGGAAGCUCCUUCACCCAUCGCACAAACCAUGGCGCCAGUCCAACACCAAGCCCCGCCCUCUUCCAGACUCAGACGCUCCCUGCUGCACUGCUCCGCCCGGCUCCCGGGCCUGUCAGGACCUCUCAUCCACAAGUCCUCUUUGCCCCUUACUGAGCCUGCCAAUCCAAGUGAAGCACCUCCGCCUCAAAGACCAAACCAUAUGGAGUCCUUUCAGCUUCCUUCUAUGCAUCUUCAUGCCAUGUUGGAACCUUCAGCGCUCCCCUCUCAUUUGGGUUAUUAAUUCAAAGCUGCGGAGCAACAGGAGCUUCUUUUGCCGGAUUUAUUUCUCUGAUCCUGGGUGAACCAGCUUUCUGUGCCAUGACUUACACAACGGACUGAACCGGACCUACAGUUCAUCGUACCGCAAUAAUGUAUAAAACUAACCCUGUGAACUAUGCAGUGUUAUUACAUCCUGAUUCAAGGCAGUCUGAGGUGAAACUAUGUGCAUUUAGUGCAUGGCGCUAACAUCUCUGCUCUCAUGGAGGAAUAUUGUCAUUCAUAAUUUAAACUGGUACUGAGAGCUGGAGAAGCCCUCCUCUGUUCCCGUAUGCACUUUAAGCUCCUUCUCUGAUGUCUACAGUAAAUGGCUAAACUAUGUUAGAUGAUUACUGUGUGUCGUAAAGUGUAUGUGUGCGUGUUUUUUUUUUUUUUUUUGCAUUUGUCUUUGCAUAUCUUUAUGUGUGUGGGAGAGUGUUGGUCUAUGUGCGUGUGAGUGUUGGAGAUAUUUCUAUCCAUCUUAAGACAUUCCAGUUAUUAUCCAGCACCCAUCGUCGCUGACUGUCUCUGGCCAGAGGGACCACAAAAGCUUGUCGUGUUAAUUGUCGUGUAAAAGAUUAAAAAUUUCAAAUAAAAGAAGCCUAAUUUGUUA